CUGGCUACUGAAAAGGCUACAGCGGCGCGCGCGCAACCUCAGUUACAAGGCGGAGGCUCGCGCGGCCGCUCUGAAGUUUGUAAUUAAAUUAUAUUUAUGUGUCUAAACAUAUUGUCGUGAUAAUGAGGUUACUGCUAGGUGGAUAUUUGCUGUUGGUGCUCACAACUGCUCGGGCAGAGCGCUGGCAGUGGCCAGACGCCGAGCGCGCCGAGUCAGUAAGAAUCGACACCAAGGUGCGGUUCAUCGACAAACCCACUGCCGAAAGAGAGCACCGCGGCAGCGUCCAGCAAGACGAAGAUGCAGCCUUCAAGCAGCCCACAGACACGGAGGGUUUCUACAACCAGCCGCCCGGCGCCGGCCGCUUCCCCGUCAAGAGCGAGCGAAACGAGAACUAUCGGGACUCUCGCAGCAGUUACAGGAAUCAAAUGUUAGACGCAGAAAGUACUGUCGACAUGCUGCAGUACUGUAAAUGCGAAUAUUCGCCCAAUUGCAACCUGCGCUCUGAUUACAGCAACGCAUGUGGAGCAAAUCAGUAUCUGUGUUGUUACACAAAACCCAACAAAGUGUAUCCACAAAAUUCCGAAUUCUUCAAUGAAGUGAACGACGAACGUCUCCGAAUUUUCCCUGGUCAAGAAUAUCUUGCUGGGCCAUUUCCACCUCCCACGUACAACCCCAACUAUGCGCCAAACAACGAUAGGGAUAGGAACAGAAAUCCUGGAAUCCUAGUUGGUCCUGAAGGCGCUACCGGCAACAUCGGCCCCCACAGACCCAUUCAUUUAGGUUCCAGUGUAGAUGCUGCUAAACCCAUUCUCGUUGGCCCCGAAGGCCCCACAGGAAUCAUUGGACCGAAUGAAAAUAAACAUGAAAAUUACGGUCAAAGUGGAUCAGCUCAGAGGGGAGUACUUGUAGGGCCAGGUGGACCUACAGGGAUCAUUGGCCCCGCGUAUAACAGACCAGUGUUAGUUGGACCCGGUGGCGCAACAGGCUUCAUUGGCCCCCGCAGACCAGGAGUUUUAGUAGGUCCAGGGGGCCCGACGGGCAUUAUUGGGCCGAGAAGACAGGGUGUGUUAGUUGGCCCAGGAGGACCCACGGGGAUCAUUGGGCCUGCUGGAAUUAACCGGCCAUCAGGUGGACCAGGUAUAUUGGUAGGCCCGGGUGGACCUACUGGUAUAAUUGGACCAGGAAGACAGAUUCUUGUUGGCCCAAAUGGUCCCACUGGGCACAUCGGCCCGAGAGGCAGCUACGGUAAAUAAUGUGUGUGUCUGUGUGCAUCUGUGAUAACUAAUGACUAAUUUAUGCCUUGAGCUCCGUGUUAGAGGUUUAUAGAAAGGACUGUAUAUAUUUUUGUAUAUAUCAUCGCUAACCUUUGUGAUUAUAACAUUUAAUGAUGUUUCUGGACUUUUAGACCUAGCAAAUAUUGUGGAAUCAUUUUCAAAAUACGAAUCUCAUAGAAAGAGCAAUGUGAAAUGGUUUAUAAUCACUUAAACGUUUCCUUUACAAUCAGAUACAAGAGAGAAGAGAGCUAAACACAGAAAGUGUCACAGAUUUGUGAAGAAGAUAAGACAUUACAAAUAAAAUGCAAAUUCUGAAGUUCAUCUCGUGUCAAGAGUAAGUAAAAUGGUAAAUGCUACUCUGUGACUAAUGAAAUAGAACUUAUAUUCAAUCACUUUGUAAUACAUGAAUAUCUUGUAUAGGCUUCUAUAAUUGUUUCUCUCAAACUCUCUUGUUUCGUCGUUACCAAAAACGAAAGCAGUUCUCAAUUCCGAUGUACUUCCUUGGUUACUUGAUAACUCUGUGUAUUUUCAACUGUUAUGUCAUUUAUUUUGUAUUUAAUAGGAAAUU